GCGAGAUCUGCGCGCCGAUAAGAGCUCUCCCGGGGGCGUGUGAGUCCCCUCCGGUACCGGCGGCGGAGGUGUCGGCGUGUCCGCCGCAGGCUCCGCCAUGGCGCCGCUCGGCCCGCCGCCCCCCGCCGAACCCCAUUAGCCUCAGCCAGCUUCAGCCGCGCCGCCAUGAGUUCGCGGCAGCCGGACGCUCCCGCGCUGGAGCAGGGCGGCGGGGCCCGCCCGGGCAAGGUGUCGCUGCCCCUCGGCGUGCCGCGCCGGGCCUUCAGCUACGACGACGCCCUGGAGGACACGGCGCCCAUGACGCCGCCGCCCGCCGACCUGUGCGCCAACGUCCUCUGGAAGCAGCCGGUCAUCCCCGAGCGCAAGUACCAGGAGCUCUCGAAGAUUGAGGAAGGGGAUGCCAACAUGAAUGCCCCUGUCAUAACUCCUUCAUCGUCCACUGAAAGUGUGAACAAGGUACCUGUGGUGAAGGCCAAGGCCACUCAUGUCAUCAUGAACUCUCUCAUUACAAAGCAGACUCAGGAGAGCAUUCAACGCUUUGAGCAGCAGGCGGGGCUGAGAGAAGCUGGCUACACUCCCCACAAAGGCCUCACUACUGAGGAGACCAAGUACCACCGAGUGGCUGAGGCAGUUCAUAAGCUGAAAAUGCAGAGUGGAGAGAUGACAAAAGAUGACAGACAGACUUCUUCUGCUCAGUCUACUCCAAGCAGCACUCCCCACUCCUCUCCCAAGCAUAAAACCAGGGGUUGGUUUAGUCAGGGAUCCUCUACUUCUCUCACGGGCCCAGACUUUGCCAUGGAAACUGGUGGGGAAAGAUGGAGCUUUUUUGGACCCAAAGCCAUCCAGAAAUCCACCAAUGAUCCAGGAGGAUUUACCAUCCAAUCCUAUAAGGGUGCCCAGAAGCCAUCCCCAAUGGAGCUGAUGCGUGCUCAGGCUACUAGGAUGCCAGAGGAUCCAGUCACCUUCAAACCACCCAAAAUGGACAUUCCAGUCACAGAAGGGAGGAAACAAUCUCCACGUUCCCAUAAUAUCAAACCUCGGGAUCUGAAUGUGCUCACUCCCACUGGGUUCUAGGAAGAAUCUUCUGGUGUCUUUAGCGGGCUACAGGGUGUUGUAGGCUCUGCUUCCUGUCCCAUUGUGCUGCAGUAAAAUAGGAAAGUCUCCCUCUUCAUCUCAGAAAAGGAAACAGUUGUGACUGUCCUCCUCUUCAUCUCAGAAAAGGAAACAGUCGUGACUGUCCUCCUAAAGCCAGUCUUGGAAAAUCUCCUGCACUAGUACUAAACCAAUGUAAACCAUCCUGUCUGCUGUAUGGCACCAGCUCGGUCUGCUAAGCUGCACUAGAUGUGCUUCCCAGCACACUGCACACAGUGAAACAGUGAGCUGUGUGUUGUGGGACAGGAGUGCGUGUGGUGUACAGGCAGGGGGGCCUCUCUCCCUCUGGUCUGAUUGUCUCGUCCUGCUGAGCACCGAAGUAUCCUCAGGAGGACUGUGGUUCUGUAUAUGCCAUACAGAACACCAGCAGUAAAUGAUGAAAACAAGCAAGGACUGAAAACCGGAGCAUUAACUGCUGGAAGGAAGCUGCUCUGGGAAUGUGGUGGGUCCAUUUUAAAUGUGGCACCCCCUUAGUAUCCGGUGUGACCGGUUCAACACCUAGUACGUCUGUCUUUGAAUUCUUUUUAAAGGAAAAAUGGAGAAGUCAUCAUUCUAAGAAUCCCUUAAUUGAAAGGCAGGGAGCAGAGUCUAAUGGGGCUUGGCAGUAACAAGGAAGAAUUGCUUCUCUUCCAACUCUUCACGUUCCUCCAAAAAGGUGGAAAUGCCCAGAGCUGGUGUGGCUUGAACCAAGUAAUCCUCCUCUCUCCUUUCUGCAAAACAACACUGUCCCGCUGCUUUCUCCUAGACAACAGACUUACUGAUGUUCUGGCACUCUGGGUGCUGCUUGAUCAUUACUUUUUUUUCUAACAUCUUACAUGAAUCAUGUAGAAGUGUAUUGGACACCAGGGACACUUCUCAAAUAGGGUUUUUUGUUUCAUCAUCACUAAAUGCAUUUUGUAGGGCUGGGGCAGGGCCGAGGGCAGAUCAAGGCUAAACAUCCCUCCCUGCUCUGAUACUGCUGUAUGUAACUGUUGGCCAAGUCAGAACCAGGUACUGGGAGCAGUUACCACUUGCUUUCCCGAAAAGUGGAAGGAACUUCCACAUCUAAUCCCUUAGGUGUUAUAGGUGGUGUUGCUCCGUAUUCUUCACCUGUCCUGUGGCAAACAGGUCUCCUUUCCUCUCUCUUGAUCUGAUGACUGCGUGGCAGAGCUCCCUCCACCAGCAGCAGUUUCUUUCUCUAGUGGUGAGGUGGCAGCAGCAGCCUUGCAUCUGGUACUGGAAGCUUCAACCAGGACAGAGGUUGUUUAAAAACUGGUAACCGCUGAGCUCUGGGGUUUCUGCUGCCUUAAACCAAACAUUCCUCCCGGAGGGUGAGGCAGGGUUGGCUCUCUUGGCCGGCUGCUGUCCCCUCUGAAGCAGCACGUUUUGUGGCUCUGCUUCCUCCCAAGCUUCAGCAGCACUGCCAACGAUGUGUUGUGUUGAAAGUCUCCCACCCAACCCAGCAGUUCUCACUGUCACCGCUCAUUUGCACCUUGGCAAUCAGUCUGUCAUUUGACAUUAAUUUAUUUGUUGUCUGUAUUCAUGUCUCUAAUGUGUAUGAUUUAUUUUUUUGUUUGUUUGUUACAAGAAAAUAAAAUCCUCGUGAAUGGAG